AUGAGGACUAUAUAUAUCUGCAAAAGUCUUAUCUCACUCUCUCUCAACAACACUUCACAUCUCAACAAAACCCCAAUCUCUCUUCUCUCUCUCCUCUUCAUCUCUUCCUCUCCAGAAACCCCCAUUGCGGUGGCCGAUUACUUGAUUGAUAGACACAAAUUUUCCCCUGAAACUGCUUCGAAAGUCUCUUCCGUCGUAAAGUAUGUGAAAAGGCCUGAAGAGACGGAUUCGAUUCUUUCAUUUCUCCAGGAAAGUGGUUUUUCGGAUACCCAUCUCGAGCUUCUCAUCAAACGCAUGCCUAGAAUUCUCUCUGCAAAUCUGCGCUCCAUCAAACCGAAACUCAAGUUUUUUCAAGACUUGGGUUUUUCUUCUAGUGAUGUUGUGGAAUUUGUUUCGAAUGACCCACAGCCUCUAACGUGUAGCGUUGAUAAUCGGCUUGGCCCGUCGAUUUUAGCAUUGAAGAGUGUUUUGGGUUCGAAUAUGGAUGAUGUGUCUAGGGUUUUAAAGAAAAGUGGGUGGUUUUUUACGCGUGAUUUGGCCAAAACUAUGAUACCCAACAUUGAAUUUAUGAAAAGCUGUGGUAUUAGUUCGUCGCAAAUAACCCAACAGGUCUAUAAUUUCCCAAGACUUUUCUUGCAUAAACCGACGAGGAUUAGAGAAAUUGCCAAGAGGGUUGAUGAGAUGGGCAUUGACAGGAAGUCUAAGAUGUUUGUUCAUGCGAUUCGGGCUAUUAGUUCGAUGACUAGAGAGAAUUGGGAGUUGAAAUUGGAGGUCUUUAAGAGUUUGGGGUUUUCGGAAGAUGACAUUUUGUCAGUUUUUAGGAGAUACCCUCAGGUGUUUGCUGUGUCAGAGAGCAAAAUUAAGGCGUCAACGCAGUUUUUGCUUAGCACUGGCAAAUGUGAUAUCUCAUAUGUUAUUAAUUACCCAUUCGUACUUACUUUCAGUGUUGAGAAUAGGCUUAAGCCACGGCUAAGAGUUCUGGAGGCUUUGGAAAGCAGGAAUUUGCUUCUUAAAAAUCCGAGUUUGAUGACUGUAUGUGGGAUGACUGAUAAGAAGUUCUUUGAGAAAUAUGUACUCCCUUAUUCAGAUGAAGUUGGCGAAUUAUUUGUGGUUAACAAGGCCUAA